AUGUGGAUCAAGUUCACUAAGCAAGGAACCCAUCGUUGGACAGACAUUCUAACCUCACUUCUCAAAGAUUAUAAUGCCAAGAUUCAUCGAACAAUAGGUUUGCGGCCAGUAGAUGUGCAGAAGGAGCAUGAGAGAGUGCUGCUUUCCAGGCUUAGCAAACAAAGACAAGAGUAUAAGGAUGAGUUGGAUGGUAAACCGAAAAGCAAGUUCUAUCCUGGUCCUGGUCAAAACAUUGAGCCAGGCAAUAAGGUGAGAAUCAGCAAGUAUAAAAAGACUUUUGACAAGGGUUAUCUAGCCAAUUGGACAAAUGAGCUGUUCACAGUAACACGUGUAUGUCCCACAGUACCUGUAACAUAUGAAUUGGAAGACUAUAGAGGUGAACCUAUUCAAGGAGGGUUUUACUCUGAAGAAAUUGUAAAGGCAACAGUGCCAAGUGUCUUUGAGAUUGAAAAGGUUUUAAGGAAAAGAUGGGACAAGCUGCUAGUGCAUCGUAAAGGAUACAGUUCAAGUCACUACUCGUGGAUCGAAAAAGUGACUUGA